GACCAUAUACCCUACUUACUGCACCUCUAGGUCGGCUUUUUGUGCACCUAUCGCUAGAGAACGACGAUUUUUCUGUGCGGAACGAUAUAACCUUUGUCCCAAACGGCCGAGAAACGUACAACGGCCUCUUUCGCCUGCUCGCCCGCGUUACCCUAGCAACCAGACCACACCCUACGGGCUUUCGACUCAAUGACUGCCCAUUCCGCCUCUGCUGCUUCGGCAGGGCCAUGCCAGGUCAGCCCCGGAGGGACUUACACGAUAAAUCAAAUUGUGGCCGGCUGCAAGAUCUUCAUUCGCCGCCCUGGUCCCGAUGGCAAGUCAGAGGAGGAACGCCUUGCAGAGAUCCUUUCCAUUCGCGACAAGCCCGAGAACGCAUAUGCGCGACAGAACAAUCAGGCGCCCACAAAGCCGGAGGACAAGCUCGAGUUCUUUGUGCAUUGGGACACCUUUAACAAGCGCUUGGACGACUGGGUCCCUGGGUCGCGGCUGGUCUUGACGCGCGAGUUAACAUGGCCACCACCGCAGAAGGUCGACCCGAAGGCGAAGAAAGCUCCCAUGACGCCGAAGGCACCGCCCGGGAAGGCGCCACCGCGCGGACACCAGCAGGACUUGCUCAAGCGCGCGACGUCCAAUGCGGCGCUCGCUGCAUCUCCUCCGCCUGCUACGCCUCAAUUCGUGGGUCGCUUCUCACCCGCACCCUCACCUUCGCCCUCUGUCGUGCCGUCGAAGCGCAAGGCACCCUCCGAACGCGCAGAGGAGGAGGAAGAUGAGGAUGAGGACGACGACGCCGAUGCUGACGGUGACGCCGACAUGGAUGUCGACGCUGAAGGCGAGGAGGGCGAGGGCGAGACGUUCGAGCUGAACAUGGACGACGCCACCCAUGGACAGCCGGACCCCGCACAGGGGCUGAGCAAGGAGGAGGAGAUCCAGACGCUUCGCUAUCGCGGAAGCAUGACGCAGAGCGUGUCUGAGGUCGCGCGCAUGAAGAACCUGAACCGACUCCAGAUUGGGAAGCACGAGGUGGACGCGUGGUACUUCAGUCCGUACCCGAAGGAGUACGCGCAUCUGCCCGUGCUGUACAUCUGCGAGUUCUGCCUCUCAUUCUUCCCGUCGCAAAUGAUGCUUGGCCGGCACCGAAAGCGCUGCACCCUCAUGCACCCGCCGGGGAACGAGAUCUAUCGACAUGAGGACAUCUCGUUCUAUGAGAUCGACGGCAAGCGGCAGCUUACCUGGUGCAGGAACCUGAGCUUGCUGUCGAAGUGCUUCCUCGACCACAAAACGCUUUACUACGACGUAACGCCGUUCUUGUAUUAUGUUAUGGCCCAGCGUGAUUCGACCGGCUGCCACAUGGUUGGCUACUUCUCGAAAGAGAAGGAGUGUGCCGAAGGAUACAACGUCGCCUGUAUUCUUACGCUGCCGCAGCAUCAGCGCCAUGGGUUCGGGAAGCUGCUCAUCGAGUUUUCGUACGCUCUGAGCAGGAAGGAGAAGAAGGCGGGCAGCCCGGAGAAGCCGCUCAGCGAUCUGGGUCUGCUCGGCUACCGGUCGUACUGGGCGGAGGUCAUCGUCGGCUAUCUCAUGCAAUGCGGCGACGACGUGAGCAUCGAGGAGAUCUCGAACGCGACGUUCAUCACCCAGGCAGAUGUCAUGAAUACCUGCGUGACGCUUGGUCUCUUCCGCCACUACAAGGGUCAGCACCGCAUAUGCUUGACGCCUAGCAUCGUGGAGAAGUACGAGAAGAAGUUGAAGAAGCCGCGGCGGAGGAUACAUCCCGAGUGCCUCCAGUGGACGCCGCCUGUAUUCACGCGCGAGCAGCUCCGUUUCGGCUGGUAGGCUUCGGUGGGUGGUAGGCUUCGUGUGGGAGGCUACGAAUGGAUUUUUGGCUGGGCCCAAGCUGUACUUCUAGUGUAUGUGUAUUGUAGAGUAGCGGAAGCAUGUUCUUCAGCGUGCAUGUCAGAGCGGAUAGCAUGUUUUAUGCGAUGGAAUGCGGCGAA